UGUCACCGGUGCUCGUCAUUUAAACGGGUACCGCCCUGGGUGUGAGAAACUCGUGCUACUCCCCGUACGCGUAAAUCCCACAUGACUAAAAAGAAGCCGAUAGUGGGGGGAUACGCGAUGUCGGGAUGUCGAGGACGCAAGACCGAAGUUUAGUUUUGCUUAAGACAACUUUAAGUUACAUCGUUCUUGUGACGCCCGACCCGGUCCUUUCGCGACAGUCAGGGAUGAUUCUGAUUCUGAGUCGGUUUCGAAAAAAUUUUCGCGUCUACAAGUGACCAUGCGUUACGCCAUGCAUAAUCGAUGUUUUGGAUCUAUGUAAAAUGUCUUCAGCACAUAUAAUCCCCAACGUCAUGAAACAUCCCUUUGUAAGGGGAUUAUGCCUUAGUAUUCUAUAGGAUUCCAUAUACGAUUAUUCAAAAAGAACAUACUGCAAACAUAUGGCAACUCAUUCUCUCGAAAAUCGAGAAAACUUAUACACAUCAGUGUUCGCACGUGCGUGUAUAUACCGUCGAGCCCCUGGUCGAGCUGACCCACUGUGAAGGGUGGAGCUUAAAAUAAGGGUGGUACCUCUCUCUCAGCUUACCUACUCCAUUGGGAAACAGCCUUGAGCGAGGAACAAAGCUGCAGCUUAGAAGCAAUAAUUUGCUUUAAAACAGUCAUGCAGUCUAGUCGAGAUUUUAAAGCGAGGAACGUCACCCAGUCUCUCUCUCUUGUUGACGUGGUCGAGCAAUGUUCGAAACGGAUUAAUAUAUUGUAUAUAUGUAUAUAUAAAUAUAUACAUAUAUAAAUAUAUUGUAAAAUUUAUAUAUCAUAAAAUACACGUAAAUAAAAUAUUACAAAAUCUGUUUUUGCAGAAGUUUCUUUGUGAAAAUACCAGAUAUUGAUCGAUAUCUUCAAUCACUAACACGUGUGCAAAUUGAUGCGCUGAGUAUCAAGAUCAGGUGGUGAAGUUACUAUAGCAGUUUCUUAAUAUACACGUGCUUAAAAUUGAUGAUUAAGUAGUUUUAAUAUCGUCGGGAAUACGUGCAAAAUAUUGUGAAUCUACAUAGUGUCGGAGUUUAAAUAGUCGCAAUAAGAAGAAUGUAUGCAGCAUGGCACCAAUGGAAAAUCAUGGGCGCGGAUCGACUAUCUCAAGAAGCGAUCCUCAUAUCAGAAACAAGCAAAGGAAUAAAGAAGGCAGCAGCCCUUCCUCAGAUACACUGGAUCUGAGUUCGCAUCGUCCACACUGUCCUCAUCACGAUAAUAAUAAUUCGAUCAGUAGCUUCGUCACAUCCGGACAUCCGCAGGAAAUCGUGAUGAAAGAGAAAAGCAAGAACGCUGCGCGAUCGCGCCGCGUUAAAGAAAAUCAGGAAUUUUUGGAGCUAGCGAAGCUACUGCCUCUCCCAGCCGCCAUAACGACACAAUUGGAUAAGGCCAGCAUCAUCAGACUCACCACCAGUUAUCUCAAAAUGAGAGCUGUUUUCCCUCAUGGUCUCGGAGACGAAUGGGGUGCUGCACCACCGCCCAACAAUCCCUUGGAGGCAGCGAUCAAGGAACUGGGCUCUCAUCUUUUACAAACACUGGAUGGGUUUAUAUUCGUCGUGGCGCCUGACGGGAAAAUUAUGUACAUUAGCGAGACGGCUAGCGUGCAUUUAGGUUUGUCCCAGGUGGAAUUAACAGGGAAUAGUAUAUUCGAAUAUAUUUAUCCGGACGAUCGUAACGAGAUGAUUUCCGUGCUGAAUCUUCCCCAAAGCCCAGCGGAUCUCGCGGGUUUCACAUUCCCGCCGCCGAAUUCGCGAGGCGAGAUCGAGCUGGAACGUGCCUUUCUUCUCAGAAUGAAAUGCAUUCUGGCAAAAAGAAACGCGGGUCUUGUCACGGAAGGAUACAAGGUCAUACAUUGUUCCGGUUAUUUAAAAUGCAUCGUGGAGUUACCCAUUGGGUCUGAAUAUGAGGACGGUAUUAGUCGUUGCGUCCGUAAUGUCGGCCUAUUGGCGGUCGGCCAUUCGCUGCCGACGAGUUCCAUAACCGAAAUUAAAUUGCACCACAACAUGUUCAUGUUCCGGGCAUCACUCGACCUGAAGCUCAUAUUUCUCGAUGCACGGGUAGCCCAAUUAACAGGAUACGACCCGCCGGAUCUUAUCGAGAAGACGUUGUACCACUACGUACACGGUUGCGACGUUUUACAACUGCAACAUGCUCAUCGUGUUUUAUUGCGCAAAGGUCAAGUGACAACAAGAUACUACAGAUUUCUGACCAAAACUGGUGGCUGGGUAUGGAUGCAGUCAUACGUGACCAUUGUGCACAAUUCAAGAAGCUCGAGGCCGCACUGUAUCGUCUCUGUAAAUUAUGUGUUGACGGCCACCGAAAGUACCGGUCUUAUCCUGAAUUGCGAACAAAAGUCUUCGUGCUCGAGUCCCGGGAAUCCGCCGAGCGCGCCCGUUUCAACACCUACGAUUGGCACGAAUGACUUGGACAAUCACAGUCCGAGUCCUCCUUCUUACCGUAGUAGAACCAAGGAACCACCCGACACCGAUUACGCCGACAGUUCUGGCUAUCCUAAUUCGGAAUAUAUGACAGGUUCGACGAAUCACAAUCAUUAUCUGUCAUCGUCGCCGUUCGCGUCGCACAACAUCAACGGUGUAGCUCAUGAGGACAGCGCUUAUUAUAGUCCGGAUUUAUUCUAUCAAUACAAUGAUCUCCAUCAAGAUCCCGUAAACGCUCUACAACAUCAACAUGAGGCGCAUCAUCAGCAUCUUUUACACCACGCCACCUCCUUGACUAUCCAACAACAGAGUUCGCAGAAUAAUCAGCAGAAACGACAGCACCCUCAACAUCUGCUGCACCAAGCAAACCCUUUGACGUCUCUUGAACAGCAACAACAACACAGCCCCCAAAGCGGUCAGCAGAAACGACCUUACUCAACAUCCUCGAGUUCCUGCGGCAGCACCGAUGGUUUGGACGUGCACUUGACGAAUUCUCUGCUACCAUCCGGAUAUCAUUCGUCGCAUCACCAUCAUCACAUGCCACCGGAUUCGACAUCAUCAACGACAUUAAACGAGGCAGGUGGCGUUAUCAUGUAUCCAACCUGCGGUUUCAACAAUAAUGAAAGCUACAAUGCCGCGACGCUUCAACAUCACGAAGGCUACCAGCAAGGUCACUCUUGUGGUCAACCUCACCACAGCAAUGGCAAUGCAACGAUAAAGCAUCCUCAUCAUCAUCCCCUGGAGACUUCAUCGACCGGCUACACAAGUGUUAUCGUUGAUUCCCAGCAAUACAGUCCUAGCACUGUUUCCCAGGAAUUACAUGCGCAUCAAACGGCAUCAGUCAGUAGCGGCACUCCACCAUCAUUGCAUCAUCAGCCUCAUUAUGAAACACAUCAUCAGUUUGUUCACUGACAUCAAUUCGAGGUGCCUUGCACGUAGCAUUUCGACGCCGCUUGCGAUGACGGCGCGUGCGGGCAUCAUCAUCAUCAUCGUCAUCAUCAUCAUCACCAUCAUCAGCAGCGUCAUUGCGCAGAGACUGAAAGCAAUGGAGAGCAAUAUUCUGAUCAUCAGACGAAUAGCGAUUCUUACAAUUCUUCAGGUCCUCACGUCACUUACGUCAUGCCCUACAAACGACUCUGGAAGAUGGAGGAAAAAAACAUCUCAACAUUGAAAGAUGCUUCAUAAAAUUCGUAGUGGAAAAAAAUUACGAAAAAACGGCCAAUUCUAUUUAUGGAUUAAGCUUCAAGAAACAUGUAACCAGUCCUGCUUAUAAUCCUACGUGGCACGUUUUUCUUUUACUCAUAUUAUCAUCUCGUAAUAAAAUAGCAAUAUCAACGACAGAAAUGCCGAUCGAAACAAUCUCUUUGAUUCCAAUAUUUUUUAUCAGCUGUGAUAAAUACUAUUAAAAAUAUUAUUAAAUUAGAAACAUAAUGAUGAAUAUAUCUAUUAUCAUUUUUUUAAUAACUAAAUCUAAAGAUGACAAUUUGAAAAACUACGAAAGCUUGAUGGGAUCAAUAUGAUUGCAAUAUACGAUAAAUAACGAUAACGUAAAGUGCAACUGACGAUUCUAAUAACAUUUUCGAAACAAUAGAUAAUGCAGUUUGAUCAGUGAUGAUCACAAUAGGGGAAAUGGCUACUUCAAUGCUGUAAUCACUAUUAAACGCGUGUAUGCUAAUUGAAUGAUCGCGGUAUCAAAAAUUAGCGCAAACGACACUUUGAUUGAUGAUGAUUUUACGCAUCAUAAAAAAUAUUAUACAAGUAAAUAAACUUGUAGAUUUUUAUAUAUAAAUAUGUAUCAUAUAUCUCGAGAUGUGACAGUAAUUAUUAGUUUUUCAUAUAUUUUAACUUAAACAACGAUUUAAUGCGUGAUUUAAUGUAUUUACAUUAUAUAAGUUUUAUAUAACUUAAAAUAUCGAUUUAAAAUAUCGCGCGUGAUGUCUCCUUUUCAUUUUCAGCCGUGCGAUAUGGCAAACUUUUGACUCAAAUAUUAUGAUCAGAUGGCAACAUAUAAUAAUACGUCAAUCUCUAACGCACGAUCAGAAAUUAGUCAUAUCGCAGGAUCGAAAAUGAAACGGAAGACAUCGCCCGCGAUAUUUUAAGCCGAUAAAACUCGUAUAAAAUUUAUAUAAUAUGUAAAGUAUUUACAUUAAAUCAUACAUCGUUUUAAACAGCGCUACAACUUUUAUUGUGUCGAAAUAUUGUUAUAAAAAUAUUAUGCAUACCUCUCCGUUUAUUAAUAUAGAUAGCUUUUAUCAGUAACUACUAUUCUCACAAUACAAUUCAGUUGGAAUCAUUUAAUUUGAUAUAUAUCUACUAUGAUUUAUCUCUUUUAACGUAAAAGGGGUAGCCACUUUUGGUGGUACACCCUAUAUGUAUAUUUCACAACCAAUACUGGUCAUUGCAAACGUUAUAACGAAAGUUAUUAAGAAUGUUAUACGCGCUGGACGCGUUUUCUGAAAACUUUCUGCACGAAGUAAUUUAAGGGAGAAUAUCUCCUGGAUGGUACAUAUUAAUUAAUAUUUAAAAAAAAACAAUUAAAUUUAAAAAUGAUAUAUGAAAAGUUGAAAGUAUGAGAAAGAUUGAAAUAACUUGUGCGAUAUAAAGACUUCAAAAUAAUAUUUAAAUUUUUACAGACUUCUUAUGCUUGUUGGCACUGAAAAUAUCGUGAAAUAAAAUAAAAGAAUUUUAUAUAAAAAUUCAUUAGAAAUUCUAAAUAAAUUUUUAUUUUAAUUUUUAUUUUUUAUGUAUAUUCAAGAUUUUUUUGCACAAUUAAGAUUGAAUUUCAGACAUAUAUAAUUCCAUAAAUUUUAAUAAAUGUAAACUGGAUCAUUUUUAUGCUUUUUGAUCUGGAGCGUUAAAACCUGGUGUUCUAGUGUUAAAAAAUAUGCUAAUGUAAAGUUACUGGCAUUGUUGCUGUACAUAUACCAUUAAUGCGAGAUCUUUCUUCUCGAACGUAACAUAAUGUAAAUACUAUGUGUACGUAUAAAAAAUUGUCCUAUAUAAUGAUAUAUAUAUAAAAUUAAGAUACAUAUAAAAAUACACACAAAAUGUAUAUAAUAGCAUUUAUAUUGAUUCGUGAAGACUGACCGGUGCUUGUGCCAAUCGACCAAAGAAACACGUUCUUUUUGUCGGAAAAUUAGUAUCAUUAUAUUUAUAUAUUAUAUGCUUAUUUAAUAAUAACGAGUGUCUAAUAUAGAUAAAAAAAUGAGUAUAUGAUCGUUGUAAAUAUAAAUAAGUAGUGCAAGACUUAGUAUUCUUUGAUCGUCACGAGAUAUUUUAUUACGAAAGAUUUCUAGAUCGUUGCACAUAUAUAAAUCGAUACACGUAUAGAAUCGGUGUCAAAAUGAAUAUUCAAUAUUUUCUUAGUGACUCAAGCUCCGAAAAUCACUAAAGAAAAAGUGUCUCAAAGUCUCGCCAUUUUGACGCCGGUUAUAUGCACACAUGGCACAAGUCAGAUUAAUUUAUAUCGUAUAUGUAAAGUGUGAGAUUUUCGUAGCGAGAGAAUCACGGCAAAGCGUGUCUGCGUCAAGUCCUGUAAAUAUGUAAAACUAUAGCGCGCAUUGCAAACCUAUAUAUACAAAAAAAAAAAAAUAUAUCAUAUUUUCCUCUGAUACAAAAUAUAGUAUUUU